AUGGGCACAGCGCUGUCUCGGUCUCAGGGCUCCCGGAAAGCUGUGGCUCGCGGACCAGAUAAGCUUGCGGUGCAGAAGCCACCAGAGCCCCACGAGGAGGAGGAGGAGGAGGAGGGCAAGAAGAAGAAGAAGAAGCGGCACCCGUUGCUGUUGCACGCGCUCAGCUGGAAGAAGCGUCUGGUUGCGGCACGAGCCAAGAGGAAGGGGGGGAAGAAAGUGAAACCCGGACACGUACCGCAGGAGCACAGGCAGCAGGCGGAUAUCGACAGCCGCCACAGACACGGACCCAUCCCGGUACACAUACCCACCGUUCCGGAGCAGAACCAGAACCAGGGAAGACCAGACCUGAUCAUCUCACCACGGAGGGUGGUGGUGCAGGCUUCCACAGGCGAGCUCCUUCAUUGUCUUUCGGACUUUCUGUGUCGGCGUUGUGUCAAACUGAAGGAGCUGUCGUCCAAUCAGAUUGUCCUGUGGUUCAGAAACGUUGACAGAGCGCUACUGGUUCAAGGCUGGCAGGACCAGUGCUUCAUCAGUCCUGCCAGUCUGGUCUUUGUGUACCUACUGUGCAGGGAGGCGGUCGAUGAGGACAUGUCUUCAGAGCAGGAGCUCCACGCUACCUUCCUCACCUGUCUCUACCUGGCCUACUCCUACCUGGGCAGUGAGAUCUCGUACCCACUGAAACCUUUCCUGGUAGAGUCUAGCCGUGAUGCAUUCUGGGAGCGAGCGCUGGAGCUGAUCCACUGGCUGAGCGCUGACAUGCUGCGAAUCAAUGCCGACCCACAUUUCUUCACUGAGAUCUUUCAGGACCUGAAGAACCAGGGAGGUUCGAGGGAGAAGGAGAGGGGAGAAGAGAGAGAGAAGGAGAGGGGAGAAGAGAGGGAGAAGGAGAAGGAGAGGGAAAAGGAGAAGGAGGAAGAGAAGCAAGAGAAUGAUGGAGGAAACCAAAUGGAUGAUCUGGAUCGUUAA